UUGACGCUUUUCAGUCGUGUUCAUGCCGACUAUCUGUUUGGAUGCUUCUAUUCAUUUUCAUCCCUUUGCGCUGUGAGGAGGCAGAGAGGUGUUGGCGUUGGAUGAGGGCUCACGGAGCAGGAGCGCUCUCUCAGCUAGUGUAGGAAGGAGCGAACUGAUGAGGGGGCUUUGUGAUGCUGAAGGCUAUAAUAUCCGACGACUCACAUCAUCACCAUUAUCUUGAACUCGCGAAAAACUACAGCCAUUUUUCGCACAAGCUCCUCCUUUAACUCGACUCAAACUUGAAGAGCAGCAUUAAACUCUUCAACACUACUAUGUAAAAAUGCGCUUUUGUCUCGGGCACAGCUGGAGCAUCUGUACAACCCGAGAGGUUUUACCGAAUAUCCGCGUUUUUCAAAUGGUGUGAUGGUCGUCAACAUUAGCCCAACCAACAGAGCAGAAACACCUCCGGACAAACACAUGGACGCUCUGGAACAUCCCAUGUUACAAUCUCAAAGCAAAGGAGCUCGGAGAAAAGGUCGCUUUAAAGGCUCAGAUGGAAGCACCUCGUCCGACACCACAACCAACAGCCUUGUUCGCCAGGGUUCGGCCGACUCCUACACCAGCCGUCCAUCAGACUCCGAUGUGUCCCUGGAGGAAGAUAAGGAGGCAGUCCGCAGAGAGGCAGAGCGACAGGCUCAGGCGCAGCUUGACAAGGCCAAGACCAAACCAGUUGCAUUUGCCGUCCGCACAAAUGUCAGCUACAGCCCGAGUCACGACGAUGAUGUCCCUGUGCCAGGCAUGGCCGUCUCCUUUGAGGCUAAAGACUUCCUCCAUGUCAAAGAGAAGUACAACAAUGACUGGUGGAUAGGACGCCUGGUGAAAGAAGGCUGUGAAAUCGGUUUCAUCCCCAGUCCAGUGAAGCUUGAAAACACUCGUAUCCUCCAGGAGCAGAGAGCCAAGCAGGGCAAGUUCCACUCCAGUAAAUUGGGAGCAAACUCAUCAUCUAGUUUAGGUGAAGUUGUUCCUAACUCACGGAAAUCUACUCCUCCUUCAUCUGCCAUUGACAUAGACGCCACAGGCUUAGACCCCGAGGACAAUGAGCUUCCAGUCAACCUGCGCUCCCCUAAAGCCAGUCCAAACACUGUCAUGUCACCCCUAGCAAAAGAGAAACGAAUGCCCUUCUUUAAGAAGACGGAGCACAUUCCUCCGUACGACGUUGUGCCUUCCAUGCGGCCCGUGGUUCUGGUUGGACCGUCACUGAAGGGCUACGAGGUGACAGACAUGAUGCAAAAAGCGCUGUUUGACUUUUUGAAACACAGAUUUGAGGGAAGAAUAUCAAUCACUCGAGUCACGGCGGACAUCUCUCUUGCCAAACGCUCAGUCCUGAACAAUCCCAGCAAGCACGCCAUCAUCGAACGCUCCAACACACGCUCAAAUUUGGCUGAAGUCCAGAGUGAGAUUGAGCGAAUUUUCGAAUUGGCGCGGACGUUACAGCUGGUGGUUCUGGACGCCGAUACCAUCAACCACCCGUCACAGCUGGGAAAGACUUCCCUCGCCCCCAUCAUUGUCUACGUCAAGAUCACCUCACCCAAGGUGUUACAGCGGCUCAUCAAGUCCAGAGGCAAGUCUCAGGCCAAACACCUCAAUGUCCAGAUGGUGGCCGCCGACAAGCUGGCUCAGUGCCCUCCUGAAAUGUUUGACAUCAUUCUUGAUGAGAACCAGCUGGAGGACGCAUGUGAGCAUAUGGCCGAUUACCUGGAGGCCUACUGGAAAAGCACUCACCCCACCAGCUGCAGCCCCCCUGACCCAGUGCUAGCAAAGCUACCCACAGCCAGCCUGCCCUCCAGCACGGCCCCGGUCUCUGGCGUGCAGGUACAAGUGCUGAGCAUACUCUGGGCCAAUGGAGGCCAUGGAAAAGGAGGGGAUCCAGAAGUGUGGGAGGCAGGAUUAGAAAGGAAGAGAUGAAAGAAAUCAGAGCGUUGAAGAAUUACAAAAUGUUGUAGUUUGCAUCUACAAUGUCUGCUAAAAGUCUUUACUUUUCUCAUAUUAUGUUAUUCUUAAACAUAUGCACUACAGGUAAUGUGUAAAUUAAGAAUAAUCUACUUUAUCUAGGAUAGGUACAAGGGUAUGAAAUACUAAGGAAGAAACUGAAUUUAAAAUGCUCUACAAGAACCUUCUAAUGCAUAAAGAGGAACUAGAUCAGAGAAAACAUCAAAUAUAAAAGGACGAACAGGAGCUGACAGCAAGAAAAGAGUUAGCAGAGACAAAACACGCUUCAAGAGAUGGGAACAAAAUUCAUAUUAACAGGUCAAAACAAUGCUGUUAUCACGUUCAUUUGAUUAAUCGUGGCUGAUGCUGAUGAUACAGGAGACCCCUGAAGUUUAACUACCACAAAACAUGUAAAACUCAAUAGAAUAAAAACAGUUUAGAGACAGUUUGGACGUAGACAGAGAGACUUUAGUAUUUAACAUGAAAUCAUUUAUUUUACUUUUAAUAGUUCCUUUUCUAAUGUAGUUCCUUUUCAGCUCAGCUCUAAACCAUUGUUUUUGUUUAAUAUAUUUUAUAACAACCCUCACCGUUAUGGGCAGUUUCAGUCAUCUGUAAAUGCUGCAUAAUCCCCUUAUCUGCCCUUUCUCUAUCCACUGCCAUCACAAUGUAAGACUGAGAGCGAAGAAAACGCUGAUAUUGAUGAGGAGCAGGAGUGAGCUUGUAUUUGCUAGUGUGGUAAGUGCAGCGAGGUCAAGUGAUGAAAGCUGAAGCCGAGGAGCACGCCUUGCUUUUUUUGAGUUCUUACUCCUGGGUCAGAGUCGGCCGUGAAUGGAUUUGACGAGAAAGCGUGUGUGUUCAAGUGUGACAUCUUCUUCUUUGUAGUUCUGUGUGAAUUUUGGUGAAACAACUGGGGUGAUGUGAUUUUUAGUUUGCGUGUGCUUGCUGUGAUGUUUUCUGGUUUUGUAUGUGUCAUCGUACUGACUGAUGUGUGUCGCUAAUC